AUGGCUGAUAAUACCAAUGAAGAAUCAAGAGUAUCAAACUUGUCGACUCGUUCAAGAGGAAAAGCUUGCGUUGCAGUUUUUGUAAUAGCCUGGAUGUGUAUUGUAGUGCUUUCAGUUUCGCUUGCUUUUAUGAAAGUUAGCCAAUCAACUAUCGAAUUGGUUGGAGGUGGAGGUGCCUUCAUCUUAAUUUUUGUUGUCAUUGGAGCUGCAGUAAUAGCUUGCAACAAAAGACACAGGCCUGAAAGCAACUCAGUAGACGUAGCUGUCUCCGAGAUUCCCAUGGAAGAUUUGGAAAAAUCUCCAGUCCCAAUCCUUCCGUACAAUCAUAUUCCUCAUCGUCCGGUAUGUGCUGAAGCUUGUUCUACAGAUUUGCCUGACUACUUUAGCGCGAUUUCAAAUGUUCCGAAAGUUUCUCCACACUUAGGACAGCGAGGAUUUUGGACGGAAGACAUUGAUAACUCGGACAAUGAAAAGGACCCGCCACCAUGUUAUGAGCAAGCUCUAAGAAUGUAUGGAUUGAUAUCAAUCGAGCCCGCUGACCUUGAAGAUCAGCAUCAACAAGUAAAUAGUGAAGACACAAGACUAUAGUAUCAUAGCCCCGGAUUAUUAAGACUUCAGGGCAGUAAAGCUUGUUUUGACUUGGGUUGAUUAUUUGAAUCAUCGAAGUUGGAUUUUCAUGGACUUUCAUGGGUGCAAAUAUAAUUCAGUUUUUAGAAAUUAUAUCUCUUGACAGUCUUGCAUGUAUUGAGAAUACGGACUAAGCGAAAACCUCUACUUUCACACCACUGUCAAAUGUCUGGGGCGUUUGCGUUGACUUGGGUUUAUUCUUUUGAGUCAGGAGACUGAAGUUCGAUUUUCAUGUGUGCAUAUAUAAAACAGUGUUUAUAUAUUAUAUUUCUUAACAGUCGUGUAUGUAUUGAGCUUCGUCCAGGGUUUGAGCACACAGGACUAUAGUGAAAACCUCUACUUCCACCACUGUCAAUGAUGUUGACAUGGGUUGAUUGUUUGAGUCAGCAGAUUAAAGUUGGAUUAGGGUGCAAGUAGAAAACAGUAUUUAGACAUUAUAUCUCUUGACAGUCUUACAUGUAUUGAGACAUAAGUAAAAACCUCUACUUCCACCACGGUCAAACGCUGUCCGAGGAGUUUCAUGUUCAUAUAUGUGAUUUCAUGUAGAUCAUUUGCCACUCGGUGGAAACAUGGGCAAAAAUGUAUAGAACAGGUAGUUAAAGAUUUUUCCCUCGGUGCAUUUUCUGAAAAUAAUGAGCUUCUUUUCGUGGUAAAUGCUAUACACCCGAGUACAAUUGGUUCUGGCAAAUAGCGCCGACGGUGAGCAACACCAUUUGUGGGGUCUUCUAUGGGCACCCCCGUGGUAAUUUGGAUAACUUCCUAAAUCACCUUAACAUGAUAGUUGAUAAGAUUCACCGUGAAAAGACAUAUUGUGUUUUGUUAGGAAAUUUCAACUUAGAUCUCCUCAAAUUUGAAUCACAUCCUAGUACAGAACAUUUCCUAAAUACUUUGGGCUCAUAUUACUUUCAACCUCAAAUUCUGCAGCCAACAAGAAUAACAGAUUACUGAGUAAACCUCAUCGACAAUAUUUUCUUUAAUUCUCUUGAACACUUUUCCAUCAUUGGAAAUUUAUGUUAUGACUUAUCUGACCAUCUACCAAAAUUUUCUUUUCGUAAGUAAACUUUCCUCUCUACCAGCAAACAUCAAGGUUUUUCAGCGCGAUUAUUCAAACUUUGAUAAGCAAGCCCUAGUUACUGACAUUCAAUCAAUAAACUGGGAUGUCUUACUUCGAGAUGUUUAUGAACCAAGUAGUAUGUUUGAUGGUUUAAAUAAUAAAAUAUCUGAGGUUAUUGAUACACAUAUACCUAUCAAGCAAUUAUCGCGACAAGAAUUAAAAAGUAGAUCCAAACCAUGGGUAACCUCUGGAAUCAGGACCUCUAUUAGAGUAGAGAAUGGUUUAUUUAAGAAAUUCUUAAAGGCUAAAUCUACCUACUACCAUGCUAGAGUUAAAUUUUACAGGAACAAAUUGAAUCAUUUAACUAAUUUAAGUAAUUGA